UCUUAUCGCAUGCUGUAAUCGGAUAUUGUCAAGUUGCGACUAUUCAAUGUUCUGACAUGGCGUCGGAAGGGUGAUUUUGCUUAAAGUCAGUGCUAAGACUAUUGAAAGCAAAGCGAGUCAUACAGGACAUGGAAUGGGGAUUCGUCUUCCAUUGAGGUUCAAUUAUACUCGUCCGGCUCAUUGCUUUACUGCUGCUCGAUAAGACCAGAAAAAAAAAAAAUUCCCGGGCUCCGUCACUGGCAACGCCGUGUGCAUCGCCGCCCAGCAUGUUCAUCCUUACUACUGUGUCCGAUCUGAUCCAGAUCUCCCCCGAGGAUUUCUCCAAGUACAGCGCUGUGGCCCUCGAAGAUAAUAUCAACGAGAAGUACGCCAACAAAGUAAUUCAAAAGAUCGGCCUCUGCAUCGGGUUUUACGAUUUGCUUGAAUCCUCGGACGGUCUUAUCGGCCAUGGAACCGGGCUAGUCAAUGUAAAUGUCAAAUUCCGGCUUAUUGUCUUCCGUCCGUUCAAGGGAGAGAUCAUGCUGGGAAAGAUAUCCAGCGCCACGGAGCACGGAAUCAAAAUCGGCGUAGAAUUCUUCAAUGACAUCCUCGUCCCGCCCGAUCUUCUCCUCGAUGGAGCCAGGUUCGACUACGCGGAUCAAGUCUGGAUCUGGGAAAACGAAGAUGGCUCGACCUUCUAUUUCGACGUCGGCGAGGUCGUCCGUUUCCGCGUGGAGAUGGAGGAGUGGCAUGAUCAAAUUCCCAAUGCCCCUGAUCUAGGCGAUGGCGCCGCCGUGAUCGAGCGGAAACCGCCAUAUUCAAUCAUUGGUUCGAUGCAAAUGGCUGGCUUGGGUCCAAUCUCUUGGUGGUGAUCAUCUUUUACGGUAAUUAUCAUAUCUCUGUUCUUUUCGUUCUUUUCUUCUUUCCUUUCUCGCCCAUGGGCAGAACUACUCUUCAUGUUAUGUUUCUGGCGUAUAUGAUUGUUUGACCACAAUGAUGGAUUUGGACAUCGGAUAGAACAGUUUCUUCCACCUGAGUUAUGCCCUGAAGGUGUUGGCUACGGUUUCUUUCGCUUUAUAUACCAGGAGCUGCCUCAACGUAGGGAUUUAAAGGGCUGGCUGCGG